UUGAGGAAAAGAAGACGGCAGACAAGACAAUGCAGAGAAUGAGAUCAAAGGAAAUGAUUGUUCUUAUUGUUUAUAAAGUAAACAUUUCUUGAUUCAGAUUUGUUUCGGAGAUCUUUCAUCAUCUUUUCCGAUGACGGCAAUGGAGCCCACCACCCCAAACGGUUCUAUCACCGUCGUGGAUUCCCACCGCCAACAGCACCAGGACCUCCUCUCCUCACCGUCGAUCAAGUUCGGAACGGAGGAGGCUCUGGAACAAGUCCGAACCCUCACGGACGUCGGCGCCAUGACGCGGCUUCUCCAUGAGUGCAUCGCCUACCAGAGAGCCCUAGAUCUGGAGCUCGACAGCCUCCUCUCUCAGCGAUCCGACCUCGACAAGCAACUCCUUUCCCUCCAGAAAUCCUCCCAAGUUCUCGACAUCGUCAAGGCCGAAUCCGACUACAUGCUCGCCAACGUCUCCUCCACCGCCGCCCUCGCCGACGCCGUCAGCCGGAAAGUCCGAGAGCUCGAUUUCGCCCAGUCGCGCGUGAAAUCCACGCUCCGGCGUCUGGACGCCAUUGUAGAGAGGGGGAGCUGCAUUGACGGCGUGAAGAAGGCGCUCGAGAGUGAAGACUACGAGGCUGCGGCCAAUUAUGUUCAGACUUUUCUCCAGAUCGACGAGGAGUACAAGGAUUCCGGUUCCGAUCAGAUGGAGCAGCUCAGCGAGUCGAAGAGGAAGCUCGAGGCGAUCGUCAAGAGGCGCCUCGCGGCGGCGGUAGAUCAGAGAGAUCAUCCGACGAUUUUGAGGUUUGUGAGGUUGUACACGCCACUGGGAUUGGCGGUUGAGGGCUUGCAGGUGUACGUAGGGUAUUUGAGGAAGGUGAUCGGGAUGAGAUCUAGGGUUGAGUACGAGAAUUUGGUGGAAUUGGUGGAGCAAAAUGCUCAGACGCAGGUGAAUUUCGUUGGUUGCUUGACGAAUCUGUUCAAAGACAUCGUCUUGGCAAUCGAAGAGAACGAUCAGAUCUUGAGAGGUCUUUGCGGCGAGGAUGGAAUUGUUUACGCCAUUUUUGAGCUUCAAGAGGAGUGUGAUUCGAGGGGCUCUUUGAUCUUGAAGAAGUACAUGGAAUACCGGAAAUUGCCCAAGCUUUCGUCAGAGAUCAAUGCCCAGAACAAGAAUUUGCUCACUGUUGGAGUGGUCUCCGAGGGACCUGAUCCGAGAGAGGUUGAAUUGUACUUGGAAGAAAUUCUGUCAUUGAUGCAAUUAGGAGAGGACUACAUACAAUUCAUGCUUUCCAAGAUCAAGGGGUUGACUUCUGUGGAUCCAGAGUUGGUCCCGCGGGCCACCAAGGUCUUCAGAAAUGGAGCAUUCAGCAAAGUUGCUCAGGAAAUUACUGGGUUUUACGUCAUUCUAGAGGGAUUCUACAUGGUGGAAAGCGUGAGGAAGGCGAUUAUGAUCGACGAGCAUGUGCCCGAUAGUCUCACGACUUCAAUGGUGGACGAUGUGUUCUAUGUUCUGCAGAGUUGCUUGCGAAGGGCGAUUUCGACUUCGAAUAUCAGCUCUGUGAUUGCUGUUCUUAGUGGUGCGAGUAGCUUGUUGGGCAAUGAGUACUAUGAGGCGUUGCAACAGAAGAUGAGAGAGCCCAAUCUUGGUGCAAAGCUGUUCUUGGGUGGUGUUGGAGUACAGAAAACCGGAACAGAAAUUGCAACAGCUUUGAAUAACAUGGAUGUGAGUAGCGAGUAUGUCCUGAAACUGAAACACGAAAUUGAAGAGCAAUGUGUAGAGGUAUUUCCUGCGCCAGCUGAUAGGGAAAGAGUGAAAUCUUGUUUAUCCGAAAUGGGGGACAUGAGCAACACAUUCAAGCAAGCUUUGACAGCUGGCAUGGAGCAACUUGUGGCAACUGUAACACCUCGAAUUCGUCCAUUGCUGGACACUGUAGCAACCAUCAGUUACGAGCUGUCGGAGGCUGAAUAUGCAGAUAAUGAGGUCAAUGAUCCAUGGGUCCAGAGGCUCCUCCAUGCUGUUGAAACAAAUGUAGCAUGGCUUCAGCCUUUAAUGACCGCUAACAAUUAUGACUCCUUCGUACAUUUGGUCAUCGACUUCAUUGUCAAGAGGCUUGAAGUGAUUAUGAUGCAGAAAAGAUUCAGCCAGCUUGGAGGCCUGCAACUCGAUAGAGAUGCAAGGGCAUUGGUAAGCCACUUCUCUGGCAUGACUCAGAGGACUGUAAGAGAUAAGUUUGCUCGUCUUACUCAAAUGGCUACAAUCCUCAACUUAGAGAAGGUCUCUGAGAUUCUAGAUUUCUGGGGUGAGAAUUCAGGACCCAUGACUUGGAGACUGACCCCAGCUGAAGUUAGGCGAGUUCUGGGUCUAAGAGUCGAUUUCAAACCUGAAGCAAUUGCGGCUCUCAAGUUGUAAAUGAGUCCUAUAGUCCCAUUCAUUUGUUUUUUUGCUUAUAUAUCUUUAUUCUUGUUGCUACUUGAAGGUUUUCUUCAGAUUGAAAUAAUUCUCGUUUUGUCUUGUUACAACUUACAUCCAAUUAAGCAUGUAGCUUUUUAUAUUGACCUCAAGCGGUGUACAGGAGUAUUUUGAUUGUGGGAUAAAAGGGGACAUUUUGAUUUGA